CACUCGCCUCGCUGUUUCAGUGUGUUUACUACACUGGCCAGCAUAGGGGGAGACACUCGUCUUCACAUGCACUGAGAAACAACUGUUUUUUAGUUGGAUUUGCGCGAAAAAACCUCCAAGAGAUCAACAUGCCCAGGAGAAAGAGACAAGAAACAGAAGAAGAGGAGCCCAAGAGGAGAUCAGCCCGGUUAUCGGCGAAACCGGCCCCAUCUAAGGAGGAACCAAAGGUGAAGAAGGCAGCGAAGAAGGAAAAGGCUGUGAACGAUAAGAAGGAGGACAAGAAGACCAAGAAGUCAAAGGAGAACGCCGAGGCAGAGGCCAAUGAAGAAAACCACUCUGAGAACGGCGAGGCCAAGACCAACGAGGAGGAGGAAGCCCCGGAGGAGGCCAAAGAGGCCAAGUCAGAGUAGCACCACUGCCCCCAGCGUCCCCAACACUCCCCUCGAAGCUCCCCUCUCAAGUCUCUCACACGGUUUCCCUCCAAGGCGUAUUGUUAACAGAGGAAUAUUUUUAUCAAUGAUUUUAUAAGUAUCCGUACAGAUUUUUAGCACAAAAAAGCAAAGCUGAUUAUGGAGCACCUUGCAGAUUUGCAGUGGUCAUAUCAAGUGUCUGCAAGCAAGACAAACACACUAAAAUCUUUUUUAAAUGGCAUUUCGUGAUUGUUGAAGGCUUGUUUGGUGUAGAAAGUGUCCCCCCAACACCCCCUUCGCUGGAUUGGCUUUGAUGUGACUUGUGUAGUUGUUACCCCACCCCACAAACCCCCU